AUGUCGUCAGCUGUCGUUGUCGUCGCCUCCUUCAUAAUGAGCACGUUGACAUUGACUGUGUUACCACCUCUGUGUGACGCCCACGGGAGACUAAUGGACCCCCCAGCCAGGAACAGCAUGUGGCGUCUUGGCUUCAACAACCCCGUCAACUACAACGACAACGAACUCUACUGCGGUGGCAGAAUGGUACAAUGGCUACGAAACAGUGGCAAGUGCGGCGUCUGCGGUGACGCCUACCACGGCAAGAACGAUCACGAAGCCGGCGGCAAAUACGCCAACGGCAUCAUCACCCGCAGCUUCCACGAAGGCGACACCAUCCCUGUCACUGUCCACCUCACGGCUAACCAUCUCGGCUGGUUCGAGUUCCGGGUCUGCCCCGUGAACGACCCCAAGAAGAGAGUGACCCAGAAGUGCCUGGACAAGCACCAGCUCAAGCGGCCGGAUGGGAAGGGCAUGAAGUACUAUGUCCCCAAGGGGAAAUACAACGCCUUCUUCAACUACACUGUCCAGCUACCCCCGGGACUGACAUGCAAACAGUGUGUCAUCCAGUGGAAGUAUAGAACAGGUAACACUUGGGACAAGGAUGACAAAUCUGGGUUGUUCUGUCUGGGAUGUGGCCCGCAGGAGGAGUUCUACAACUGUGCUGAUAUUGAGAUUCUUCCCAAGGGAGCAAAAUCCAAGUGGACUAAAGAACAGAACAUGAAACCAUCCACCACCCAGGCGCCAGAGGAGAAGAAGCUCAAGGUCAAUGUCCAAGUGGAAUCAAAACACGACAUGGAUAAGAAAAACCUCAUCAACCCCAAGACGGCGGAGGUUGCCACUGGGAAGAAGCCUGGAGUCGUCAAGAAGCAGAGCAACUCCAUAGCAACCAACCCAACCAGUCGACGGAAGCUGAAGCCAAAACAUCCCCAGGACGUGAAGUACAACUGGAGGGCGUCCACGCCGUGGCUGAUGCAGAGGAGGAACAUGGCGAGCAGGAGGAGGCUGGGGAUGCGGAGGAAGCAGCUGUCCCAGAAGAUGAACCACAAUAAUCACAACAACCUCAGCAAGGGAAGACAGCAACAGCCGAACAAACCCAAAGUUCAAAAUGAAGCAAGCGUUAAACAAACUUCCAAGCCGAAGCCCACAACUAAAGCACCCCAGGUUAAACGUCCAGUGUCCAGAAAGCCUGUCCGACAGACUGCCCCCGCCACACCCAAAUCCACGCCCGCACGACCCAACUCAACACCUAAGCCUAAGCUUGUGACUCAGCCACAUAGGACCGUCACCAAGGCCCCGAGAGUAAAGGUCCUGAGAGGACCAUCUAAGUCUUGGCUUAUCAGCUCAAACAAACGUCAGCAAAGCCCAUUCAGACGACCAACGCGGCCAGUCAAACAGAUCAUUAGACCAGUCAAACAGACUAGAAGACCAGUCAAACAAACACCCAGACCUGUCAAACAGACAAUUAGACCUCUGGUGAAACAAACUGUUUUGGAAAUUCCACGAUCCUCUGUUCCGAGUGGACGAUUUAUUCAGAAGGGUGUAACUGUGACACGGACGACUGCACACAACUGCGUGACGGAGAAACCACAGACUGUGGCAGUGAAGAAGGUGAUGAUGACUCCCCAACCUCGCCAGGACGACACACGCCCUGCACACAGCGACAAUCGUCCAGCAAAGAAGCAGGUGUACGGUCAGUCCAGCAGUACCCUUGGUCACCAAAGAGUCAUCUCCUUCCAGCCCGUGCCCCAGCCGCCUUUGGUCAACCAGAGACAGACACUACCCAGUCACCAAUCCACGGGCGGGUACGGCAACAACCAGAUGUCCACAAUGUGGUGGAACCAGUACCAGAGACCAGUCAACUAUUUCUGGGACCGUCCCGCGGUGACUCCGCUUCUCAAGUGUCGAGCUACUAUAACCCUUGGAGGCGGGAUGGAUGAGUGGUGCACCGCCAACUGUAACGCCAACUUCUGCCCCGGGGGGAUGUGUAUCUGUCAGCCGGACGAGCCGUCCUAUCCCUCCUUCUCCAUGUACCCCGCCCAGACACAAGCCUGGACCAACACCUACAGGCCACGGCUCAACGACUACAACACACAGGCCCGGGUAUCUCAGAGUCUCAGCCCCUUCGCCCCCAGACACCACACAGCUCCCCAUUCCAUCCGUUCUCUGUCAGUGCAACAGCCUCGGCAACAGCCUCGGCAACACCCCCAGCAACAUGCCCAGCAACAUCCCCAACAACACAACCCGCAACGCACUCGGCAACGCAUCCAGCAACGCAAGCAUCAGCAACUUUACAGGCAACAACCUCGCCGACAGCCACAGAUUCACAACCAGUCUCCCAAACAGCCAUCAAGGUCCAUUUUCUCCCCUCCACAGGAGCGAGCCCCCUCGCACCCAACACCUGCGCGUCCCUCCCAGAACGUGUGGGGUCAGAAAGGCAAGUACUAUUGCAGGGCUACAGGCAGGUAUGCGGGACUGAAGCGCUUCGACGACUGGUGCAGCACAAACUGCAUGAACGUGAUAUGCCCACUACUUAUAUGCGAGUGCAACUCAUUAUAGUGCUGUCAGCCCUAAUCUUCUUGUGGACAUGAGGCAUUGAACUAUAGACAAUACAAGGAAGUGCGUCUAGUCCACGCCAACCCUUGAAGACCUAUCUCCUAUACGCAGGGACGGUGACACACUUGUCUCUGUAGACCCACCCCUGAGAGGUCGGGGAACGCAGCAUUGCAAAGAGAGACACCUUAACAAUAACACGAGUAGCUUAAUGUGACAACAGCCGUGCUGUGCUGUGCUGUGGUGUGGUGUGGUGUGAAGUGCCACAGAACGUGUAUGGACAGUAACUGUUAUACAGGAACUCUAAGAGGUGCGUUAUUCUGACAUACACAGCUUGUGGUGAAUAUGGACACACGAUGAAUGAUUUGGUGUCAAGGCUACCACUGUAGACUGUUCUAAUGACAUCUCCCUCGCUAGAGCUACCAGCCAUGACACCGGCGUAGGGUAGGGUGAUUAUCUAGCCAUGGUAGUGACGAUCUAGCCAAGGCUAUGACGUUUGUAUUCAGACCAAGAACUCCGAUGUUCACGUGUGCUUCUCACUUACCUGUAUUGUACGAUUUAGUGAAUGGGCGAGUGAAUGAGUGAGUGAAUGUGUGAGUGAGUGAGUAUCUAGGGAUAUUUCAGCUGAGACGAAAUGCAGACAGUCUUCAUUUAAGUGGUUCGCUAUUCGGGUAAACUGUUGCAUGAAGACAGUGAGAUCGAAGGGUGGCCUGUUGCCGCUUUCAAGGGAGACAACCCAUCAAAUGGUGUAACCAUGAAUCACUGUUAACACUUGCUUAAUGAACACUAUAUGAAGGACAGUCACGUGGCUGAAGCAUUCAGGGGAGAUAACCCAUCACAUGACAUGAGAAUGUAUGAGACCGCGAAACGGCGGUGAACAUUUUGAAUGAGCGCUCUCUGACGGAUUCAUCCAAGGGAGAUAACCCACACAAUGGCGUAAGAAUGCAUGAUAGUUAACCGUUGUUCCGUGAAUAUCUUGAAGGAGCGCUCUCUGACUGAUAUAUUCAAGGGAGGUAACCCAUUAACUGAAGUGAGCAUGUUUGCUGGUAUACAUGUAUUUUCUAUGCAGCUUCCAUUUUGUAUAUAUGUAAUUAGAUUGGUAGUGACGGGGUUCCUUUUUUAUAUAAAAAUAAACAUCCAUUACGAAAUAUCAGCAGUGUGGUGUUUUUGUUGAAGCCUUUGCAAACAUGAGUGAGUGAGUGAAUUGUUGCACAGACUAGUGCUGGUUAAAAUGAUCGAUAAUCGGAAAUAUCGUCUAUAGGAAAUAUUAUUUAUGUUUAUCGAUCUCAAUAUUGCUAUCGAUUAUAUCGUACGUUACUUUUUGUGGUAUGAAAAAGUUG